UUUCAAUCUUCGUUUGCCUAUAAAAAGGACAGUUGAUUCGUCUUGUAACCUCACCGCCUCACAUUGCUAAAACACACACACAAGCAUUACGUAGCAAAAAACACCUUAUUCAUUUUCAUUUGAUUUGUUACUUAGCAGUAAUAAUUAUGGCAGUGAAAACACUUGUUGUGCUUGUGGUAUUCAUGUUUGCCAUGAUCAGCACUGCCAUGGCUAACAAGAACCCUGACAAUUGGAACUACAAUUGGCCAUGGUACCCCCAUAAUACUAAUGCAACCCAACCCAAGAAGGUGGUCGUUGGUGGCUCCGAGAACUGGCACUUCGGCUUUAACUACACCGACUGGGCUCUUAAAAAUGGCCCCUUUUACAUUGGUGAUUCUUUAGUGUUCAAAUAUGAUCCACCAAAUGGCACCACAUUCCCACACAGCGUUUAUCUGUUGCCCAACUACUGGAGCUUCUUGAAGUGUGACCUGCGAUGGGCUAAAAAGAUUGCGGAUGUGAACCAAGGCGGUGGCGGUGGAUUCGAGUUCGUGUUGAAGAGGUGGCAGCCCUACUACUUUGCUUGCGGUGAAAAGGCCGGCUUCCAUUGCCGCAACGGAACUAUGAAAUUCCCGGUCAUGCCCCUCAUCCAUUGGGAUUGAUUCAUUCACUCAUGAGAGACAAACUCUACGACUUCUCUACGUCGUCUAAUCCAAUUUAUUAGCAAGAAAAAGAUGAGACUUUUUUGUGUUUUUUUUUUUUGGUAUUUUUUUACGUGAAACAAAUUAGUAGCUACAGAUUUCAUGUCCAAAACUCGACCACAUCACCUUAGUUACCUAAUGAAAUCCCAAAUAAAAAGGUGAUGUGGUUGAAGUUUGACACCAUGAAUGUUCUCAUCAUUUUGUAUUUGUUUACUUUUCCAAUUAUUGUGGUGACUUGCCUCAUCGUUGAGUCGAAAUAAUAAAUUUUAAUGUUAUAAUUCACGAUAUAAUGGGUGUUUCAUACUCGUAACAAAUUAAGUAAUGCAUAAUGCAAUAGUUUGAG